AGCGGGGGCGCGGCGGGAGGAGAGCGCUGCUAGCGUAGCCAGAGUCCCGGCUCCACUUCCCGCCACAGACGCUGAGAGGGUGCCCGGGGUCAGACCUGCCAGACGGCACUUGACCAAUGAGCAAGGUGGCGAGGUCAUCAAGUGAGUCAGACGGGCAGCUCUGGGAAACAGAAGAGGAUGACAUGACAGAAGGUGAUUUAGGGUAUGGCCUCAGAAGAAAACCCGGUAGUAUUUAUGAAGUAGAAGUUUCACAAAGGUCUAGAAAAAAAUCAGAUGGAAAGAAUUUUAGCCCUCCUCCAUUUCCGAGAAAGGGAGAAGAAAGAAGUGAAGCAAUUUUUCAGUAUUCCGUGCAUAAGAUCUUGCAAGAUACACACCCUCAAGUGACCAGAAUUUCCAAUUACAGACAACAAAGUAACAUUGCACCAGUAGAUUCGAAUGCAGAACUGUCAAAUGAAGAAUUAAGGCAAUGUCUUCAUGAAACUUUAGAGGAGGUAGAAAUUUUAAAAGCUGAACUUGAGGCAUCUCAAAGGCAACUCAGAGGUAAAGAGGAAGCACUGAAAAUUCUUCAAAGCAUGGCAAUACUUGGCAAAGCCACAAGUCAUACGCAGGCAGUGCUUCAAAAAACUAUGGAACAAAAGAGAUCCUUGGAGAAGGAGAUAAAUGCCUUGCAGUGGGAAAUAGAAUUUGAUCAUAAUAGAUUUAAAAAUAUAGAAGAAUCUUGGACCCAAAAAUAUGACAGGUUUCUGGGAGUUAGACUUCAUAUUGAAUACUUUCUCAUAUGGCCCUUCCUAGUUUUGAAUCAACGGUAUUUGGAGGCCCUCGCCAUGCUUGAUAUCAAACAGCAGAAGAUGGCUCAGGAAAACAUGUGCUGUGAUAAAAGUGGCUUUGCAGAGGCUUCAGGUCUGGAGCUUGCAGUCCUCGGAGCCUGCCUUUGUCACGGGCCUGGAGGGAGCCCCUGUUCUUGUGCCAGAAUGGCAGCGUCCACUCGGAAACUGCUUCUUCAGCUCAAACUAGAGUUUAGACAAGUUUUCAAAAGAUCUCUAUCAUCAAAGAGUAAGAAGACCUUUGGGCAGAGACUCUUGGGUAUGCUGCCUUCAGAAAACAGUUCUAAGAGGAUGGAAGAUCAGGACAGUCCUCAGGAGGUCCUUAAGAUGCUCAUAGAUUUGCUGAAUGAUAAAGAAGAAGCUUUGGCUCAUCAAAGAAAAGUUAGUUACAUGCUUGCUCGGGCAUUAGAAGACAAAGACACUGCCUCAAAAGAGAAUGAAGAAAAAAAUCCUAUGAAAGAGAAUUUCCCUUUCAACAACGCUUGGCAUAAGACUUCAGAAUUGUCUGUUUUAGGUGAUGCUGUACAUUCAAGUAUUCACAUUUUAAAUUCUAUGGGCUGCAUGUGUUCAAUCCAGCACUCUCAAAUAGAUACAAACUACAGAACUCUGAAAAGAUCCCAUUCUUUGCCAUCAAGUAUCAUAUUUUAAAGACAAGCCAGUUGAAAUUAAUUAGAACUGAGUUAUUUAUAUUAAGAGACUCUGAAAAAGGAUUGGGUAAAUGAUGCUGCAUCUUGAGAAGUUGUAUGUUUCCUAGGUAUUUCUAAAUUUUAGGAGGUAGUUUAAAUAUUUUCUACAUUUUUUCUUUUGUUUUUUUUGAAAUGGAGUCACACUGUGUCGCCCAGGCUGGAGUGCAGUGGCAUGCUCUUGGUUCACUGCAACUUCUGCCUC